CUCAACACUUAUCCACAAUUGCACAAUUGCUAAUACUAUAUCUGCUGCCUCUUUUAUCCUGAACUCCAACACUAUGUUAAUACAACUCCUUCCAUGGCAUGCUUAAUUCUUCAGUUCAUAUACCCCACUCGAGGUUUAUUUAUGUAUCCUGUGAAUAUCUUAAACUUGCUAAGGUAUCCUGUGAAUAUUCAAAAACAAGGAGAUAGCUACAGCAUCCUGUGAAUAUCGACAACUAUAGACUAGCUUCUAUGCUCACACUACUAAAGUUUCUGAAUAACUUGGAGAAGAAAUCAGGAAGUAGUUAUGUAUUUUCUUGUUCGGUUAACACUACGAUGACAGAGGCCAUGAAAUGAUACAUGCAAGUAAUUGGAGAUCUUAACAUGUUAUCCAACACCAACGAUUUUGCAAUCCUGAAGGAUUCAUCAUACCUGAUACCAGCAAGAAGACCAGCAGGCAUGAUCUUUGAAGUUUGCAGGUAGCGUUGCCCCAUGAUAAACGUCAAAGCAGCAGCACAUACUGCAUCAGUCCAAACCAAAAUUGAUCAGUAAGUACAUUCGCCUCCGCGAUAUUCAAUGCUAUUAACAACCCAUAGAGCAAGAACCAUCAUAGCUCUAUACUGAUUCUCUAACAUAAUAAGGUGCAGGUUGAUUCACUACACCAAUAGACAAGAGAGAAACAAACUACUAACACGGUCACACAGAAGAAGAAAAAAACAGAUGAUGUCUAGACCAGUUAAUCAUGGAGCAACCAAGCUCGAAGCGAUGCCAAGGUCGAGAUCAUAGACAUGGUAGCUGAUCUAUCUUGUAUAUGCGUGAAAGCAAUGUAAUUGGCCACAAAGAACAGAAGAUCUCACAACAUGCAUCAAAUGUAAGCAAAUUGACUUGUUCAAGAAGAUCGAAAGCUAUUUCCUCAAUGAUUGAGCAAAACGAAUACACCAGAGAUCUUCACAACCAAGAAGAUCGAAAGCAGAAAUCAGACCCAACGAAUUGCUCUUUGACCCCUUUUACUAGAAACCCAGAACCUCGCUCAAAUCAAAACAUAUCGAGGAUCCAUCCAACACAAGGAAGCAGAACAAAACCAAACAUGAAAUCCAACAAAAGCAAUGUGGAAAAAACAAAAAACAAAAAAAAAAGACAGAACAAGAGACAGUAUAGAAGCGCGCACCAGUUUCAAUGGCUAAAGCGAAGUAAUUGUUCUUUCUCUUCUCGAAAGCUUUCAAGCUCAAAUACCCAGCUAAGAUAAGUAGAAACCCAGUCCCCGCGCCGCCGCCAAGCGACGCCACGCUCCCUUUCUUCAGAUAACCCAUCACUCCUCCCGCCACAAGAAUCAGCCCGUACGGGAUCGUGAAGCAGAAAUCGUGCAUUUCCCCCCCUUUUCUUUAUCCCUUUCGCCGGUCGCCGGUCGCUCCUCCCCCCUUCUCUUUCAGACGCCUCAGAAUUCGAAGUCUAACCUCGUACCCAGAUCGAAGAAGAAGAAGAAGAAGAAGAAGAAGAAGAAGAAGAAAUCGCCGCCCUUCUUCGCUUUUGCGCUCUGUUCAAAUUGUGGAAAUGUCAACAGAAAACAGAAGCGAGAGCUGUUAUUAACUGUCACGGCGGUGGCGCGUGGAAAUUUCGUUCAGGUCAACUGCUCCCCCUCUGCGCGUCUUUGAAUUUCCACAACUACCCUCAACCUCGAAACGCCGUCGUUUCCUCGAGACGGAGGUUUUAGGCUCUGUCUCUUCUUCGAAACUGAAACUCGAAAAUCAGCCGAUGAACUCUACCGUCUGUUGCUCCAAAUGCUAGGAAAGCUCCGUUCUUUCCCCGACAGAGUAGCCAGAAUCACCAAAUCUCCUCCCUACUCUUACAUCUCUACUCUCUUCACUCACUCUCAAUCGGAAGAACCAUAUGACCCGCCAUUCUCCGUCAUCUCCAAACCCGCGAAACCGCCCAAAAAGAAGCAACCGAAGUCUCAGGACAAGAAGAAGACCGCCACCAUACCCGCCGAGCAGCCCAAGCUUCCGGUGAAAUCCGACCUCCCUUUCGAUUUCAGAUACUCUUACUCCGAGUACAAUCCGGCGGUGGAGCCAAUUGGGUAUCGAGAAAAGAGGAGGUUCUCGCCGUUCGGACCUCGUCGGCUGGACAGGGAAUGGACGGGCACCGCUGCUCCGGCGGAAUCGAAUGUGGAUGAUCAGGAGCGGUACCUGGAGGAGAGGAAUCGGGUGCUGGGUGACCCGCUUACGGCGGCGGAAGUGGAGGAGCUCGUCGAACGGUAUAGGCACAGCGAUUGUUCUCGCCAAAUCAAUCUGGGGAAAGGAGGGGUGACUCAUAAUAUGCUAGAUGAUAUCCACAACCAUUGGAAGCGAGCUGAAGCCGUGAGAAUCAAGUGCUUGGGAGUUCCAACGCUUGAUAUGGGCAAUCUCUGCUUCCAUCUCGAGGACAAAUCUGGUGGGAAGAUCAUAUACCGCCACAUCAAUGUCCUGCUUUUGUACCGGGGGAGAAACUAUGAUCACAAGAGCCGUCCUCUUGUUCCCUUGAUGCUCUGGAAGCCUUAUCCCCCGAUAUACCCGAGGCUGGUCAAGAAUGUCGCGGAUGGGCUAACGUUUGAACAAACCAAAGAAAUGAGGAACAGAGGCCUGAAUUCUCAUCCACUGAUGAAGCUGACCAGGAAUGGUGUGUACGUGAAUGUAGCAGAUAGGGUGAGGGAGGCAUUUGCGACGGAAGACGUUGUGAGGCUUGAUUGCACUCAUGUGGGUACCAGUGACUGCAAAAGGAUUGGUGUAAAGCUUAGGGAUUUGGUACCUUGUGUUCCAAUUUUGGUCAAGGAUGAACAGAUUAUACUCUGGAGGGGAACGAUUGAGAAUGAGCAGAGACAUGACUCUCCACCUGUUUUAGCAGAGCCUUAUGAUUGUUGACAUUGCAAGACAGCACUUCUGGUUUGUGACUCAGUGAUCUGCUCCCAUUUCAUGUAACUGAUGAGCCGAAUUACAGCGAUUGGCUGGUUUGGUUGUUGAUCCAACGUUUCAGGAUGUAUACGUACGUUUAUCCAAGACAAUUUAUGGAUUGGGAUGCAAAUUUCUAUGUAUACAUUAUAAACAAGGGAUGCAAAACCAUCCAUCAAAAGUGGAAUGGUUUCCUUUUUUCAUGGUUUCUCGACCAGCUCACCAAAAGUAACGGUCACAACAAUAAAAUUGCUUUUGUAAUUGCAAAAAACAUGAUAUCUCAUCUUUUAAUUGAAAAUGCAAAAUCAAUAUAAAUACUCUUAUGUUUCUUUAUAAUCGAGAAAUCACAUUAAUAAGAAGCGGGUUGCAACAAUCGAAGAAUAUUUACGUUUUUCUUUCUUUUUUGGUGCUUAAGUCACUAGACAAACUUACUCAAUCCUAAACAUGGAACUUAAAGAUAUAUUAGGUGAAGGUGAUGACAUGGAAGAUAAAAAAAAAAAAACCCAGUAGGAGAGAAUCAAACAAAAUUUAGAGUCCAAGAAUAUUCAACUAGUUUACAUUUCUUUAUUUUCAUUUUUAGGCAUUUAAUUUAGUGGAUAAAAUCAUUCGUUCACAAAAGCUUAGUAGAAUAGUAGCAUACGAUCAUGAGAAGUUGGUAAUAAUGAGAACUCAAAGAUUUAGUUUAUCUUUUUUUUUUUAGCUACUUAAUUUAGAUGAUAGACUCACUAUCUACUGAAAAAUAUAACUUAAAGAUAUAUUGUAAGGAUAAAAUCACACAUGAGAAGCGGGCAAGAAUAAGAAUCUAACAACACUUACUAAAUUAUAUUUCCCGUCAUAUUUUAGGUAUUUAAUUCAGUUGACAAACUCACUAAUUCAUGAAACAUUAAACUUAAAUGUAAUGAGUUAUGCUAAUGACAUGAAAAAGAUUUGUCUAAUUUAUGCUUCAUUUUUCUUUGAUGCGGUGGAUAAAUUCACUCAUUCCUCAAACAUGAAACCUAAGCAAAUUCAUAAAAAAAAUAAAUAAAUAAAUAAACAACAAUUGUCUCAAUUAAAGCAUCUGAAUUAUAAAUUGAAGUUCUAACUUACUAUUAUAAAUUGAAGUUCUCACUCUAGUAAGUUAUCUUAUUUUUGAAGAACAAUAGCAAUUGAGAUUCAAGCAUCUGAAUUAUAAAUUGAAGUUCUAACUUACUAUUAAGCUUCCUAUCAACUACCAAACUAAGUAAACCUUGUGUAUGAGUACUUUUGGAGAUGGGGCUGCAUUAUUCUCCACAUAGCCACUCAAUCAGUGGAGUAUUUCAUUUUUUCACAUUAUUCCUGAUCACAUAUAUCUUAAUAUGUAUUUUAGGUAAUCGAGCAUGUGUUGUUUCUGUCCAUUGCUUCAAAUAUAUGAUCGGACACUAGAUUUACUUGAUUAAGUUUUUCUCCAAAGUCUUGGUAAUCCUUGAUACAUUUGAAACUUAUGGCACAAAAUAGGUAUACAAUUUUAGAAGUUUGGCAUUUGGCACCCACAUUAACAUAUUGAAAAAUAAUAAUUUAAAGAUAAUACAAUUUAAUAUCCAAACCUUUCAUUUUAAACAAUAUAAUAGCCAAAUCUUUUCGAAAACAAUCUAAUAUCCAAAUCGUCAACCUUCCGUUCGUUUGACCGUUAGUUGACACUUCAAAAAAGCUUUGUUUAGGUGAAAUUGUCACAAUACAACUUUGUUUCUUGUUUUGGCAUUGCAGAUGACUGAAUAUUUAGAUAUUCUAUACCAUCAUGGUGGAGUCAUGGACUUCUCGGGUUUGGAACUACGAUAUGUUGGUGGUUUUUCAGAGAAGAUAUCCAUGGAUAUUGAUGAAAUGUCGUACUUCAAACUUUUUUGAAGUGUCAACUAACGGUCAAACAGACAGAAAGUUGACGAUUUGGAUAUUAGAUUGUUUUCGAAAAGAUUUGGUUAUUAUAUUGUUUAAAAUAAAAGGUUUGGAUAUUC